GGGGCGUGGCCGGCGAGGAGGGCGACAGCGUCGGGAGUUGCUCGUCCUUCCCGCUCUUCCCACUCCACGGAGACGGAGGCCGCGACCCCGGCACCGGGCUCAGGGAGCCGCGCUCCGCUCGCACCGCUGACGGUGACUUCGCCACCAUGGGCAAGUUCCUGUCCAAGGUGUUCGGCAAUAAGGAGAUGCGCAUCCUCAUGCUGGGGCUGGACGCCGCGGGCAAGACCACGAUCCUCUACAAGCUCAAGCUCGGCCAGCCCGUCACCACCAUCCCCACCGUGGGCUUCAACGUGGAGACGGUCACCUACAAGAACGUGCGCUUUAACGUGUGGGACGUGGGCGGGCAGGACAAGAUCCGCCCGCUCUGGCGGCACUACUACACGGGCACGCAGGGCCUCAUCUUCGUGGUGGACUGCGCCGACCGGGACCGCGUCGACGAGGCUCGGCAGGAGCUGCACCGCAUCAUCAACGACCGCGAGAUGCGCGACGCCAUCAUCCUGGUGUUCGCCAACAAGCAGGACCUGCCCGACGCCAUGAAGCCGCACGAGGUGCAGGAGAAGCUGGGCCUCACGAGGGUGCGCGACCGCAACUGGUACGUGCAGCCGGCGUGCGCCUCCACGGGCGACGGCCUCUACGAAGGCCUCACGUGGCUCACGUCCAACUACAAGUCCUAGCCGGUGGCCCCAGUGACGGGGAGGUGGCAGUGGAGGACGGAGGUUACGGAGAUGAAGGCUCCUCCCAGCUGGCCAUGCCCUCGUGGGGCAAGGGGGACUGUGGUUUGGUGUUGGCACUGCCUGACACGUUCAUAGUUAUUGGGGGGGGGGGUGCGGAUGGAGGGGGGGGGUAGGGGCGCGAAGGUGAUGAGGAAGGGGGAUUAAUGGCACACUGAGCUAGCUAGCUUUUUUAUUGGUCAGAGGUGGUUUAGUUUCUUUAAAAGGUUUAUAUAGUGCGUUCAAGUGAGAGAAUGUGAGUUUGUGUGCGCGUGGCGUGCCGAUUGUGCGCGAUUACAUGUUCAAGCGCCAAUUCUACCGUUCUCUGAGGCUACCGGCCAUCGGUGAGGCUUCAUAACGGUGGGGGACAUGGUGGCGUCCAGCCACUGCAUGCAGGGGUGGGUAUACACUUGCCUCUGUGGUACCACCCACACUGUCGCCACAGCCUGCCGGCGUGGUACCAACCUUCAAUUCCACCAGCCGGCCGGUGUGGUGCUACUCUCAUCACCUGCUGGCGUGGUGCCACUCGCACUGAAAUCACAUUCUGCUGGUGUAGUGUCGCCCACACUGAAGCCGAUGCCAGCUCAUGCGGUGUCUCCCUCGCCAAAGUCACCGGCUGGCGGUGGCGGUGGAAUCCAGUUCCGGCCCAGCAGCAGCUGUGCCGUACUGUCUCGAUGCUCCCAUGAACCAGGAGUCGAGGGAGGGCAGCAUGGACUGAUUGAUAGAUGAUGACCACUGUUGAGAAGCAGCCGCCUCGAAGUAUUAAAAACGCCGUCUAGCCGCAUCUGGAUGAAGAUCAAAAAUAAAGAAUGGACUAAAUUUGUAAAAUAGGCUAUUUUUCUAUAUAUCUUCUCUGGAUUUCGUGUAUUUGAUCAUAAGAUGAUCGCUUUAGAAUGUAUUUUACCUGCCCGCCCGCGCACCCCCUCCUUCCCCCCCCAAUCCGCCCCACAUCAUCCUCGCCCUACUUGUAAUGCAUUGUGAAAUGUUUAACCAAAACAAUGUAAACGUAUUUACGCAGAUGUGCUAUGAUCCAUGACACAGGGUUUGGCGAUACCGUAUUUGGGCAUGUCGGACAUAUCAGUUUCGAUUCAAUUUUAUAUAUCGGUGAUGCUCUUAUUAAGACACGCGGUCUCAUCUCAUUCGUUUCUUUUGUUGUACAUACAUUAACUAUGCAGCCUUUUCAGGGUACGGAUGUAGUGUUAGCUUUGGGGAAUUUAACGCUAUUUUAUUUCUUCCAGCCAUUCCACGUAUAUAAGUGCACAAAGUAUGAACCACAUAAUGAUUUUUUCUCAAAUAAAUUACUCAGAGCAGUGAUAUUCCACGGAAACGCUAACUUCUUUGGGAGCCUGUCUUUUAAUUGUAGACAUUUUAAUUCAAUUAAAUGUGUAGAGUUUAUUUUGUGUUUAACAUCUGCUUUUUCUUUAAACAAUAAAUGGAAGUUAGUGUAAAGAAGUUAGUGUUUUUGUGGAGGUUUUCAUUGCACUGGAAGCAUAAUAGCACCUGACAUGUGCUGCACCAUGGCUGAAAUCACACCACGUAGUUUUUUUUACAGGUGAAGAAGGCAUGCUAUAAAAUUAACAUGCAGUUUGCUGCCUGCUGAAAAGACCCAACAAACACCAUUGCUUACUGGAUAGCACUGAUAUCGGUAACAUUGGUGCAUCAAGAGGUUUUAUUAUAAUCUUAACAACUGAGAAAGUAAACUAUUGUUGAUUGUAAAAUAUAAAAUUGCAUUUUUAAUUUCAAGACCAAACAUCUAACAAUUGAUUUUUUUUCCGGCAGAAAAUAGCGAGUGACGUAAUUUAUACUUGCUAGGUUUAAUUGUGAGCUAUGGGAAGUGGUGCAACCGGUGUGUUGACAACAGAAGACUCUUUGUUUACUUGAAGCUGCCUGAAGCAGCAGUCCCCAACACCAGUCUGCACAACCCGUGCUCCCGUGCCCCCCCCCCCCCCCCCGGCAGGCCCCAGGUAGCGUCGCUGACCAUGGCAGUGGGCUCGAGUCCGGUCACUGGCAACGUAGGAAGCUGGGCCGUGCCGACUGUAGUUGAUGAUAGCUGCAGGAGAAUAGCAUCUUGCGCGCGUGUGGUUUGCCCGGCUCUGGUGGCUUUUUGCUUGCGCGGCACUCGGGCUUGGCGGUGUAGGUGACAGCAGCUGCUCCGGGCAUCGAGCCAUCUUGCUUUUGCGGUGCCGUUGACAAUUUUUGUGUGUGUGUGGAGAAUAAGUCUUCAAGCUGCACACACACAGUACAUGCACUCCUGCUCGAUUUGCUGGCGGCGUGGAUUUCUUAAUUAACUGGUAGCCGCUUUUGCGCCUGCGUUGACGCCGAUGGAUUAUUAGGGUGCACGUGCAUGUAGGUCCACCGGACAAUCUGUCAUCGUGCAUAAUCCUGAAACACAGAUGCUUAUCGGAUGUGAGGCUGAGCAAAGAUGCACGCGGAUUUAACAGGUAGUGGGGGCUUUGGGAUAAUUUAUACUACUGUUCAUUAAAAGCUAUUUCAAUGUGGUUUGUUUUAUUUCAGUAAAAAUUUUAACCAUG